UCUCUUGCAGCAGUAAGUCAGUGUUGGAGGUCUGUCCUGACUGAAGAGGAGACCCACUACACACACAAUCACAUCAUCAGCUUUUAAAUACACACACAUUCAUCAUAAUGGGAGGUGUAUGAUGACUGAAGCUGCAGGGCUAUGGCCAGCGAACCCCUCGAAGGCUUCCAUGAGGUCAACUUGGCGUCACCCACCACCCCUGACCUCCACGGAUUGACCUCCGACACCAGACCCCAAUGUCACAGCGCCCCUUCCAGCGCCCUGUACCGUACACCCUCCCUCAGCUCUAGCCCCUGCCCCCCCAACGCCCUGCGAGCCGACCAGCUGCCCACCCAGCCCAUCUACUCUGCCCCUAGGCUACUGGGCAGCACAGAACCCCACAAUGGAAGCGUUCCAGGGUUGGAACCCCCCGUCCGGUCAGAGACUGAGUCAGCAGAAGGGGUGUUCCUGUCUGGAGAGGAAGGGGAGGAUUCUCUGAGUCUGACCAAUGACAGCCUGUCCCGCCUCCGCAGCCCCUCAGUCAUGGAGAUCAGAGAGAAAGCCAAUGAGAGACUGAAGGAGGAGCUAGCCAAGGCACAGAGGGAUGUUAAGUUGAAAGACGAGGAGUGUGAAAGGCUUUCUAAAGUCAGGGACCAACUGGGCCAGGAACUGGAGGAGCUCACUGCUAGCCUGUUUGAGGAAGCUCACAAGAUGGUGCGUGAGGCCAACAUCAAACAGUCGACGGCUGAGAAGCAGCUGAAGGAAGCUCUGAACAAGAUUGAUGUGCUCCAGGCGGAGGUGAGCCCAGAAGAAGACCUUGGUCCUUCCUCACCUCCCCUGUCAGAACUUCCUGGGGGCUCCAAGGCUCCUCUUCAAGAAGGGUGAGAUGAGACAGAUAGCAGCGCCAUGCUCAGCGGACAGGAACUGAGCUGAGAGGUAACACACACACAGCCCAUCAUACGAGACUGUAGAGAGCUGGACAGUCUCCUGUUUAGUGAGUUUAAGUUGUGGAAGGAGGAGCCCAGUCUGGAGAGGAACAGCUCCUUCCUGGAGAGAGUCUACAGAGAGGACAUCUACCCCUGUCUCACCUUCUCCAAGAGUGAGCUGGGGUCGGCCAUCUUGGAGGCAGUGGAGAGGAACACGCUCAGUGUGGAGCCGGUGGGCUUCCAGACGCUGCCUGUCGUCAAGGCAUCUGCUGUGGAGUGUGGAGGACCAAAAAAGUGUGCCCUUAGUGGCCAGACCAAAACCUGCAAGCACAGAAUCAAGUUUGGUGAUUCCAGCAACUAUUACUACGUGUCUCCUUUCUGUCGUUAUCGGAUCACGUCAGUUUGUAACUUCUUUACCUACAUCCGCUACAUCCACCAAGGGCUGGUCAAGCUGCAGGACGCAGAACAGAUGUUCUGGGAAGUGAUGCAGUUGAGGAAAGAGAUGAGUUUUGCUAAACUGGGCUACUACAAGGAGGAACUGUGACCAACCAAUCACGAUACAGAACAGAGGGAUGCGUGUCUGAAUCUCAACCUAUCAUCAGAUGCACUCCCGUGACGGACAGGAUAGCUCUCCAAUCAUCCUACCCUCCUGGCUCUCAGAAGGAAGAAGGACCGCCCCCAAUGCUCCUCAUCGCCACCCCUUCCAAUCACAUGUCAUUUCCUGAGAGUCCUCCCAUCCUCUGUCUUCAAUACCUACAAGUAUAUGACUUAAAAUGCAUACCCCUUACAUCCUGACUGGUCUACCAAUAACACUGAGUAGUUAUUCAGGAUGUAAGGGGAUUGGUAGUUCAGACUGACUGGUCUACCAAUAACAGUGAGUAGUUAUUCAGGAUGUAAGGGGAUUGGUAGUUCAGACUGACUGGUCUACCAAUAACAGUGAGUAGUUAAUCAGGAUGUAAGGGGAUUGGUAGUUCAGACUGACUGGUCUACCAAUAACAGUGAGUAGUUAUUCAGGAUGUAAGGGGAUUGGUAGUUCAGACUGACUGGUCUACCAAUAACAGUGAGUAGUUAAUCAGGAUGUAAGGGGAUUGGUAGUUCAGACUGACUGGUCUACCAAUAACAGUGAGUAGUUAUUCAGGAUGUAAGGGGAUUGGUAGUUCAGACUGACUGGUCUACCAAUAACAGUGAGUAGUUAAUCAGGAUGUAAGGGGAUUGGUAGUUCAGACUGACUGGUCUACCAAUAACAGUGAGUAGUUAUUCAGGAUGUAAGGGAUUGGUAGUUCAGACUGACUGAUCUACCAAUAACAGUGAGUAGUUAUUCAGGAUGUAAGGUGAUUGGUAGUUCAGACUGACUGAUCUACCAAUAACAGUGAGUAGUUAUUCAGGAUGUAAGGGGAUUGGUAGUUCAGACUGACUGAUCUACCAAUAACAGUGAGUAGUUAUUCAGGAUGUAAGGGGAUUGGUAGUUCAGACUGACUGGUCUACCAAUAACAGUGAGUAGUUAUUCAGGAUGUAAGGGGAUUGGUAGUUCAGUCAGUCUGUCUGGAACAUGACCUUUGCUUGUCAUUCUGAUUGGUCUGCUAGAAUGCAUAUUGGAACAGAGAGGAAGUGCUCUAAACCCAACGGCUGCUUCCAAAAUGGCACCCUGUUCACUGUAGUGCACGACUUGUGGCCCCUAUGAGCCCUGGUCAAAAGUAGUGCACUAAAUAUGGAAUAGGGUGCCAUUUGGGACACAAGACAAGUGUAAAUCGAGGCGCUCCGUCCAUCCAGCCAUCUGUGGUUAUUCUAUCCAUCUAUCUCCAGUCCGUAUUUAAAACCAGAGGACCGUAACUAUGGUGACGACCACGCUGCUGUAUGUGACUCCGUUAGCUCUUCUGUCCACACUACAAGGCUGAGUCACAAAUGGCACCCUAUUCUCUAUAUAGUUAACUACUGUAGUGGUGCAGUAUGCACAGCAGGGGUUCCCAAACGUGCUUCAUUAUUUUUUUUAUUGAGAUUGCCUUUGUUAAAUACAACACCAGCUUCAUUUUGUUUCUUUUUAGGGACCUAGGAAAAUGUCUCAUGACUUGUUUUAGGUAGGCAAUUUAUUUAACCUUUUAUUUAACUUGGCAAGUCAGUUAAGAACCAAUUCUUAUUUACAAUGACGGCCUACCAAGGCCAAACCCCCCUAACCCUGACGAUGCCUGACGACGCGGGGCCAAUUGUGCUCCACCCUAUGGUACUCCCAAUCACGCCUGGUUGUGAUACAGCCUGGAAUCGAACCAGGGUCUGUAGUGAUUCCUGUAGCACUGAGAUGCAGUACCUUAAACAGCUGCGCCACUCAGGAGCCUCCAUGAUGAUGAUGAUAAUAACAAUAAUAAUAGAAAUAAAUAGUCUAGACCUGAUUUCCCCAAAUGUUUUCCGCUACCAAAUGUUUUAUUACGAUAAUUUAUAUGAACCUUCAAUUUAAUUAUGCAAAUUAUAUUUUUACAGGAAGUGAUUCAAUUUAAUUAUGCAAAUUAUAUGUGACAGGAAGUGAUUCAAUUUAAUUAUGCAAAUUAUAUUUUACAGGAAGUGAUUUGAUCAAUUGAUAGCGACGGAGUCACAGAUUGUAUAAGAUUACUCCGCAAGUGAAGUCCAAUUUCUUUUGACUCCUCGACUUUAGAAGGUCGUAAGCUCAGCUUCUCGAUGUCAUAGAGACGAAGCAAAUACAUUCCCCAUGUGCAUCCGAGUCGCGUCUUCCUCUUUGUCAUUUUACUACUUGUUUCUAGCCUAAUGCAUUGCGGAGUGACGCUUCGUUUUAGAUCGGAAGGUCCCGUGAUACUCCGACGCCCCGUAUGUUUGGGACCCGUGAUGUAGAGAAUAGGUGCCAUUUGGGAGCAGAACAUGAGGAGGAGGAUUCUGUUGGGUUCUGUCCAAUACAAGGACUUUAGAAGAAUCUGGACAAAUGUUUUGAAGGUUUUAGAAAACACAUCGAUGAUGAAGAACAUUCUCUCUGGCUUUUUAGUUCUUUACCAACCCUUUAGUUAGAAGUAUGUAGCUGUGUCGUCAUGUGUGUGUGUACGUGUGGUGUGUGUGUGUGUCGUUGUGGUGUGUGUACGUGUGGUGUGUGUGCGUGUGUGUGGUCUAAAAAACGUUCCAAUCUAUAUACCUUCUCCUGGUUUUCCAUCCUUCCAUCCCUCCAAGUCCUCUGUUAACAUUCCAACUCCAAGCUUUCCUCAAUUUAUUUUAGUGCCUUUCUGGAACACACUGAAUAAAAAAUGGUAUACCUCUGGAA